AGAAGUGAUCUUUGGGAAGGUUAGAGGAGCGCUUCGCCAGCUUGAACAUGGAAUUGACAAGAGUGGUCAUCUCAGCUCUCUUUCUGCUGGUGGCAUUUGGAUUGUCUAGUGCCAAAGUUGAGGAGGAGAACCCGGAGUUCUGGAGGUCACAAGCCCGGAAGACUUUGCAGUCAGCGUUGGACAGGAAGCUCAACACCAAUGUGGCCAAGAACAUCCUAUUUUUCCUCGGAGAUGGUAUGGGAAUCACAACGUACACAGCGUCUCGUAUCCUCAAGGGACAGCUGGAGAACCAGACAGGAGAAGACACAGUGAUGACCAUGGACACCUUCCCUAACGUGGGACUAGCUAAGACCUACAGUGUGGACUUCCAGAUUCCAGACAGUGCAGCCACAGCCACAGCAUAUCUGUGUGGAGUGAAAACCAACCUGAACACUAUCGGAGUUAGUGCAGCGGCUCGCAACGGAGUCUGCAAGACUCAGAAGGGCAACGAGGUCACGUCCAUCCUGAAGUGGGCCAAAGAUGCGGGCAAGUCUGUCGGCAUUGUAACAACCACGCGGGUGCAACAUGCCACCCCAGCAGCCAGCUACGCCCACAGCGCCAGCAGGAAGUGGUACAGUGACGCUGACAUGCCCGAUGCUGCCAAGAUGGACGGCUGCACCGACAUCGCCUCCCAGCUCCUCAAAAACACUGACAUAGAUGUGAUCAUUGGUGGUGGUAGAAAGUACAUGACCCCUAAGGGCACAAAAGAUCCCGAAUACCCCAGGGAUUACUCCUCUAGGGGCAAAAGAAAAGACGGACGCAACCUCAUUGAUGAGUGGCAGAGCAUGAAAAUUGGAAAGGUAGCCCACUACGUGUGGAAUAAAACAGAUUUCAAUGCUGUUGACCCUGAAACCACUGACUACCUCAUGGCUCUGUUUGAACCUGGUGAUCUGCACUUUGAGACGGAAAGAGACCCCAACAUGGACCCGUCCAUCGUAGAGACUACAGAAAAGGCUAUCCGCAUCCUCCAGAAAAACCCCAAAGGCUUCUUCCUGCUAGUGGAAGGUGGGCGUAUUGACCAGGCUCACCAUUCUGGCCGGGCGUACAUGGCACUCCAUGAGACAGUUGCUUUUGACUACGCCAUAGCCAAGGGCCUUGAACUCACCAAAGAGCAUGAAACUCUAACUAUAGUGAUGGCUGACCACUCACACUCUGUUACCUUCAAUGGAUAUCCAUUUCGAGGGCAGAGCAUUCUGGGUAAAUCUCCACUGUGGGCUACAGACGUGCUGCCUUACACCACACUGAUGUACGGCAACGGACCCGGACACAAAAUCACAAAUGGCAAGCGUCCAGACAUCCGCGAUGUCAACACUAAAAAUAAAGACUACGUCCAGCUGGCUGCCGUCCCCACGCAGUCAGCCACCCACAGCGGGGAGGAUGUGGCAGUGCUCGCCCGCGGACCUAUGGCCCACCUCUUCCAGGGUGUCCAGGAGCAGAACUACAUCGCCCAUGCCAUGGCCUACGCCGCCUGCGUGGGUGCCGACAUUAGGCACUGCCAGGGGCAAACUGAAGCACCUGCGGUUCACACCACCUUCACCAACGAUAAGAACGGAGCCGGGGCGGCUUGUGGCUUGCCAGCUCUGCUCAGUAGCCUCCUCAGUGCACUGCUGGCACUUGUCGUGCUGAUGUAGGUCCCUUUUUCUUAGUGAAUCCUAUUGAUCUCACUCCACUUGUCAGGGAGGUCAGAGGUCAGGGUCAUAGGAGGAGUGAGCAGGGAUUUGCUCAAGGUAGUUUCAGCAAGACCAGAGUUAUGUUGUUAAGACAGAGAUAAUUAGAUUAGAUAAUUAGACAGAGUUUUGUUGGUCUAACAAAGGCAAAAAAAUAUAUACAAAAUGCAGUUGCUAGAGAUCUAUGAAAAUAACUGACCACAUUACUCUUACACUGGCUUCCGGUAAGUCAGAGAAAUCAAGGUGUUCCAACUGUAGCCAGCUUCAAAUCUGUUUUAGUUUCUCUAUGAUUCUGUUAUAUCUCACUUGUAAAGCACUUUUGAUUGCCGAUGUGUAUGAAUUGUGCUAUAUAAGUAAACUUGCCUUGCCUGAAGCAGUCCAAAUAGAGAAUUGGGUUGGCUCUUUUUUAAUAUGAAGUGUUUUGUAGCCUACAUACAAACAAUGUAUAUGUCAUGUAUUGACAUUUAUGGCUCCUUCAAAAAACCUUGACUCUUCUAAUCAGAUCUACAUUGGUCGCAAUCUUGUGUUUUUUAUUUUAAUUUUUUUUUUACAAAUUCUUUAUUUAGGUAAAGAAGUAGAAAAACUACUAACCAUGAACGGACACUUCAUCUUUCAAUUUAUCUGAAAAAUGUAAUACCGCCAAAUUUGGUUUUCUUUCUGCUGGUUGCUUGGCAACCUCACGGUGACAGAUGUUGACAAAAAAUAGUUCCAGCGUGUAAAUCCCUGUAAAAUCACAGCUUCUUUUGAUGUACCAAUUAAAAAAAGAUGUACAACCUUAGUCAGUGAGCUUUAGAGGUGCUGGCAGGUGGGUUAUUUUUUUUUUUUGGAGAGAGCCAGACUAGCCUAUGUCCCAACUUCCAGUCUUCAUGCUAAAAUAGGCUAAUCUCCUGUUGGCUCUGGCUUCAUAUUUAUCAAACACACAUGAGAGUGGUAUCAAUCUAAAUCUCAUGAGGGGCAAAUAAGUGCAUUUCCCCAAAAUGUCGAACUAUCCCUUUGAGCUGCAUUAAUAUUUGAAAGAUUGUCAGUAUACAUUACUUAUGUGUUCAGAAACAGCAUAUGACAGACCAUAUUUGUAUGAUUAAAUACAUUUGUAUAUGUAAAACGACACAGGAUGCUGAUAUUGUCUCUGCCAAUGACAUUUUAGUCUAUAAAACUGAACUUGUCCAACCUUUGAUGCAUGAGUGUAGAAAGGACUCUAUUGCUUUGAUCCUCUCCAAUAUCCGCAGUGCUAAUUGAGGU